AUAGCCGAAGCGUACGGUCACGUUUUCUCGGAGGCAAAGAUAAUUUCUUAAAAUGUUCAACUGCAGCAUUUUUUCGGAAUUGUUUAUAGCCAAAAGUUUCUGAUUAUCGCCAGUAUCACUAUUCAUAAGAAUAACUGACUGAAGAAAAUUAAAACCUAGACGCAAAUGGACGGAACGAAUGAAUGCCGAUCUUCUAAGCUGCAAUUGAGAGGCCGUGGUUAUGACAUUAUUGGAACGACCACCGCUGGAUGAUAAUGGGACGAAAAAAGGCUAUUAUGAGUGAGCUCUGGGAUGCGAAAGGAUAUGGAGAUCUCGGACUCUCAAGCCAGAACUUACGAGAUCAAAGCAGCUAGACUUGAGAAAACGGUGGAAGAGAGCUCAGAAAACCUAUCGUGGGAGGAACAGACGGAUGCAAAUUCAAGAGUUCUCGCUCAAAGAAACGUGUCUAUGGAUGCGCAAAUCGGAGCAAACUUGACAUGCUUUACUUCUUUGCCCAUAAAUACAGAUUUAUCUAUUCUUGAAGAAACAGGGAGUGAAUCACAAUAUGCUAAUCUGUUAGCCUCAUCAAACCAAGAUUUACAUACAGCUAGUACUCCUCAAAUCCCAGGAGGCAUAGAGCAGAAAGAGCAACGUGAAAACCAUUUAAACAGCCCGGGAUGCCUUACGGGAUACAAUACCAUUUACAAGCCAUCUAUGAUCAACUUGGGGAAACGAAGCGAUGGUAACGCAAUUGUUAUAUCGACCUCAGUCAUAACAGAUGCUUAUAACGAGAUCGCAACCUGAAGAAAAAAACGUAUUUCUUGUGCCGUAUGGGAAAGUAGGCAGGGAUUUUAUUGACCAAGUGACUUUGCAUAUUAAUGACCGGAAUAGUGGUUCCGACAAUCAGCACAUAUCUCUGAAAGCAGCUUUUGUGCUCCUCGCUGUAGGGCUUCAAAA